UGUGGAGUUGCCAUGGUAAUAUAACGUUUAGGAAGUGCAGCGCAACAAUAUCAGCUGGACCAGCACGAAAAAAUAGAAUAUGAUAUAGCUAUAGUCAUGUUUGAACUAGCAACAAAUCCGAAAUAGACUAGCUUGACAGCCAGCUAAAGUUAGCAAGCCAGUUACCUAAUAACUCUAGCUAUAGAGUAAAUUCAAUUUGACAAAGCAUUUCUAAAAUGUCAGAGAAGAAAAAAGGAAAGGUCACAGAAAGCAAAGAGGAAGGGAGUUUGCAAGUAUCCUACAUUUUCCCAAAUGGUGACAGAUAUGGAGAGUGCUGCAGGUCCACAGAGGCAGUUGUGGUGAGGAGUGGUAUGGGCAAACACACCUCAGCCAGUGGGGUCACCUACACUGGAGAGUGGCAUGAUGACAAGAUGAAUGGCAGAGGGACUCUGGAGCAUCCCUCUGGGGCCCUGUAUGAAGGGGACUUUAAAGACAACAUGUACCACGGCACAGGGACAUACAGCUUCCCUGAUGGGACCAAAUACUGCGGCAGCUUCAGCAAGAACAGGUUGGAGGGCGACGGGGAGUUCACAGACUCUCAGGGACUUGUUUGGAUUGGAGGCUUCCACAACAAGGCAGCUCCUGGCUUGAAACUUAAACUCAACAUGUAACCCAUGACAUGAUGUGAGACAACAUAACUAAUUUCUUUGACAUUUUAUGAGCAUUUAUUGAAUAUAGAUAGAAAAUAUAUUAAAAAGAACAAAAUUAGACUCCAGUGAAAGAGAGAUUUUAAAGGCACCAAAUGAAACGAAACAUACAAUGUCCUUCUUCCCAUAAACUCCUGGUCUCUUCUACCUGUAGCAAAGACUUUGAAGUAGUCAGUGUAUGACAGUGUGGUGAACACCUCAUGGCACCGUGCAAUGAAUGAGUCAUUGCUUUGAGUCACAUAGCCGAGUCCUCAGUGGAGAUGCUGAAACACAGUCAGUGUGUGCCUCAGUUAACCUACAGUGUUAGGCUAAAACUAUUUAUACUACAGUUUAUUUGGAAUCUUUUAACUGUUCAUGAACAGCGUACAAAUCUGUGUGUGCUAUAAUUUAUACAGUGUAUACAGUGCUUAUGCUUAAUGUGUGCAUCUGGUGUUAACUUUGUUCAACAAAUACAGUUAUGUGAUGAAUUCCUCAAUAAGAUGAGCGUUGGUUAUGUCCAUAAGUGUCUUCAGUAAAUCAUCAAACAUCUGCUGAGAGGGCAUAGAGAGCUGUGUUUCCUUUUCUUUCGGAGUUGCGUAUUUUGAUUGAGAUAUUUUUUACACCUCUGACUGAACAAGCAGAGGUCAGAGCAUCGCCUGCCCUUGUCCAUUUGUCGUUCACGGAUGUUGGUCCUUCCCCCUGUCACCCCCUCCAACCCCAAGCUAGCCUGGAGUGCCUGGGUCUGUUGAUAUGGGUGUUGAGGGGACGGCUGGGGGUGGUUUGUGUGGUUUGUGGUUGGAGGGGUGGGAGAUAGCAUGGCGCAUGUACUGCAUCACCCAUCCAGCGUAUCAGAUCAGUGGAAAACAUUCCCAUACCUCCAUACGCUUAUCAGGGUGAGCUAGGACAGCACUCCACAAACACACAAAGAAUCAGAACAUUGUUCACAGGAAGGCCUUGAUUUGUGGGAAUAGUAUGCUCUUCAUUGAAACACACAUCCUUUGUUGAACAUCUGAACUAGCUUUUCAUCUCCAGUGGUUCUGUGCUGCAGCCUUCCAAGCACAAGGCCAGAACUUGUGACAUUGGUAAUAAGGCUACGCAACAUAAGGAGAGGCAACACACACAACUUCCUGUUUUCUUGGAAGACCACAAGCUGAGGAAGGAGUGAUCGGAGUUCUGAGAUCUGAGAAACUGUGCCCGCUGACAUCACAUAGGCACGUAGCCCUUUCCUGCAGUCAAUGACCAA